AUGUCACAUUCAUGUUUAAACAAUGGUCAAUUCAUAAGAAAUACAACUCUCAAUAUAAGUUAUUGUCAAUGUAGUUCUUGUUAUCAAGGUGUGUACUGUGAAGAACUGAUUCCAUAUAAAGUACAAACAGAAUUUAAUACGAUGUGUAUUUAUUUGAUUAUAUAUUCCGUUGAAUUCUUCGUAUCAGUUAUAAAUAAUGUAUUAAGUCUUCAAGUAUUUCAAAGAACUAUUAUUGGAAAUGUACUAAGUGUAAUUGGUCAAGUUAUUCAAUGUUUCAAACCAUAUUUGUUUAUAAACAAUGAUGAAUUAUCUGAAACAUUUAAUUGUUCUUUGGAUAAAAUUAGUCAUCAAAUAAUAUUGUUUUCCGGUCUUUGGUUAAGCGCUUUCGUUGCACUUGAACAUGCUUUGAUCGUCUACUUUGAUUGUAGAUUAUAUGGAACACAAAGACGUUCAAUUAUUAUAUCAAUACUUGGUUUUUGUAUGACAAUUUCAACUGGUAUACCAAUGAUUAUUAAUCAAUGUAAAUGGAAUACAAAGUAUAGAACACUAAGUAAACGUAUAACAUCAGGUUUCUUUUAUACUGUCGCUGUUCUUGCUGGUGUUACGUAUUUUGUUGCAAUUUUAAUUGUUUUAAUUAAUUUUGCUUUGCGUGUAUAUCAUAUCAAUAAUCAAUCAAUACCAAGAACGAAAAUAUUUUUCAUACUAAUACAAAGACAUCUAUUCAUAUUUAUACCACCAAUUGUAUAUGGUCUUUGUGUUAUACCAUAUCCAAUAUGGUUUCCAUUCAAAGGUCGUACGCAAGCUUAUUUUCACUGUGGAAUAUCUACAGUAGAAUAUGUUUUUAAAAUCAUCGUACAAGCAUUACCAGACAUUCCUCCUGUUAUCACCUGGCUUAUUUUUGUAUAUCCAUCAAAUGUUUAUAUGACUGAUUUUUAUACAGAAACAUGGAUAGGAAGGAAGUUGUUAAGGUAUAUUAAUUAA